AUGGACUCUAAGUUAGUCUCUGAAUCCUUUGUUUUCAAUUCUAUUCCUAAAUGGAUAAAACUUGGUAGGAUUCCUAUGGAGUUAUGGAUAAAUAUCAGAUUGGAUGUUGUUGCUAGUGCUAUAGGCAAACAUCUAUCUUUAGAUCUAGCUACUAAGGAAAGACGAAAACUUUCAUUUGCGCGAGUUUGUGUUGAAUUAAAUGUGGAGUCUCCUAUGCUUGCUGAAAUUACAGUUAACCUUAGGAGAGUGGAUUUCAUUGUGACUGUGAAUUAUGAAUGGAAGCCUCGAAAAUGUAAUUUGUACCGUGCCUUUAGGCAUUGUAGUGGUAAGUGCCCUAGGAUUGUGGAGAAUAAAGUACAUCAUGAGGAGGAAGUGAGGAAGUUGGAGGAAGGUGAGAUUAAUAGCUCCCUCAUUAGGCCUACAAAGGAAAAGGGGGUGGGUAAUCAGGAUGAUUUUACUCUUGUCAUUGGGAAGAAAUGGGAGUUGGUUUAUGUUCGAUAUAAGGGUAAAAGUGUGGAUGUGACUAUGCCUAACUCUUUUGGCAACCUUAUGGAGUUGGGUAAGGGAGACAAGUGGGCCUUGUCUAUAGUGGAAGGCUCCGCUCUUCCCUUACAAGUGGAUGAUACCACUAUGGUUCUUAAGGGCAUGCGCUCAGAUGUUCGGGAAGAAAACUUUGGUUUUAUCUCCAAUAGGUUUGGAAAUUCGUGGGAUUUCACUAGUAACUAUAGUAGCAGUGAGAUUGGUCGUAUGUGGGUAAUGUGGAAGAAGAGUCGCUUCGUUCUUACUCCUGGUGAGGAGGAAGAUCAGUUUGUCUCUAGGUCAUUAACUGAUCUACUAUCUGGGGAUUGUGUAGAGGUACUGUGUGUUUAUGCCUUUAAUAAUAAUGUUGAGAGACGUUUGUUGUGGCGUCGUAUGGGUGAGAUCUCUUCUAGAUGGACGAGACCAAAUGAUGUCAUUGGUGACUUUAAUGCCAUUAGGCUUCACUCUGAAGCUUUUGGUGGAUCUUCUGUUACUGGUUAUAUAGAGGAGUUCGAUAUGGUCAUUCGUGAGGCUGACCUAGUUGAACCAUCAAUACAGGGCAACUAG